AUGGUUUUAUGUCCAGAAGUUGCAUCCGCUAUAGUUGCUUUAACUAAAGAUGAUAGAGAUCAAAGUUAUGUCGCUAACCGAUUUAGGUGUGCACGAAGUACAAUGGACAGUCUCGAAGAACACGAGAAACUUCAGAGCAUAUCCGAAGUGGAGACCAGUCCGAAGUCAUCGAAGAAAUUGAGUCUGCCGGGCCAAGGCCACCAGGUGGGCAACAGUAUCACGAGUCCAAUGUCCAACAAUAAUAUAUCGCCGUCUCUAUCCCAUUCUUCUAUGUACAAUAAAGCGAACGUGAAACAUGCGACUGCACCGAGGAUCGACAUUUCCAGGGCGAGCAGCUCUUCCCAUCAUGACAGUCGAGACAGCUCGCCGGAAAGGGAGAUUCUCGACAACAUCGACGCCGCAACUUCGAAACUCGGCACGGGAUUCAAAGAAGACGGCGCCAUCGACUUGAAAUCAUCAACGGAAGAAUUAGAUUUCCAGGAACCUUACGAAUAUCGAAAAUCCAGGGAUAAAACGUGCUCGUCACCGGUGCCCGACGAAUCGUACCUCGACCAUCGAAAAGAUUCCCAAUGUUCGGACGUAGUUCUCCUCUCCAUAUCCGGCAGAACGUCGCGCCUUUCCAGCAUCGGAAGCCAGGGCUCGGCGAAGAGUCGCUUGUCCAACGCCAGUCAUCUUUCUAUAGUCUCAGCACAAUCAGCUUAUUCUCGGUGUUCCUCACCGCACAAAACACUAUUAGAAACAUCGUUUUGUGGGUCUAGGACCGACUGUCGAGAAGGUUUCGAUAACACAUCUAUUAAAGGCGAUUCGGAAGAAUUCGAAAAACUGUUGUUAUCCUCGAGGAACUCUAACAGUUCUGACGUAGUUUUAUUAGAAAGUCUUAACGUGAGUUCGCCAAAACAACCAAACGCAUCGAUAGAAAUAGCUGGUAGUGUGCAGAAACCAAGCAAAUCUGAGAGACAAUCGGAAGAUAAAGAUCCUAACCGGCCUAAAUUACCGAGAAAAAUUGUGUCAAAAAGUGGUGUGGAAUAUAUUUACAUUCCUCUUAAAGGUCCUUUGCCGAUAGACGACUCGGAGGAAGAAAGCAAAGUUACGAAACCAAAAUCCAGACCCUCUGGCAAUACUUUAAGGACCCACCGAACAGAAAAAAGUUCUUCACCAAACACGAAAGCGUCCUCAUCUCGUACGAAAACUUCAUCACCCAACACAAAAGCUUCUUCAUCGCAUGCCAAAACUAGCAAAUCACGACCAGUGGUAAAAGAUUCUACCCCAAAGCCUACAGUCAACGUACAUGUUCCACAAAUUAAAAAAGAGGAGCCGAAAUACAUUAGAAUUAAACUAAAACCGGACCACUGUUACGACGAUGACGGUAAGGCUAAACCAAAUUGCGAGAAUUAUUACAGAAACGAGGAUUUCAGAUCGAUAGAAAACAACGUGAUUAAACCAAACACUUUGAAUUUACCUUUCCCAAACGAAGAUAUAGUUCAGCAGCCCGACGACCAACUGACCUGCGUCGUUGUCAAGAAACAAGCAAGAAGUCUAACUAAUACACCCAGUGUCAGUCCCAAAUUCAACAGACGGAAAUUAUCGAAUAACAAAGAUUCAACUCCAUCUCCUUCAGUCGCUAGAAGAAAUUCGUUUGCUUGUUUGUUUAAGUCGAAAGAUUUAGUAGUUAGUCCCGAAUCCAUAGGUGCCCAAAAACAUAAAAGAAAAAACACAUUAUCCGGUAUACUAAAAACACCCACCUCCCGAAGCAAAACCCGAUCGAAAAGCAAAGAUAGAGACAAGUCUUCGAAUGCGCCUUCUUCCACAGAGAGCAUUGAUAGUAAAGGUAGACACAAAUCCGUUCUGUCUAUAUUCAGGUCGAAAGAAAAACAACCCGCAACUGACAAUUGCGUAUCUGGUGCUGUUUCUAAGAAAACUUUAGCCGAGAAGAGGGGAGGUAAUGUAAAUAAUAUAAAUUGCACAGAGAAAAGAUCAAGAGAACAGGAAAAACCGCUGAAUAGCGAUAGUAUUAGAAUUCCUUUGCAUUCCCCUACAUACUACGAAGACGAGAAUUUCAAGCAGUGGAAUACCAACAGCCAGAAAACGGAAGAUUCCAUUUUGGUAGAUAAUAGUGAUAGGUUAGACAAAGUAGACGUUGUUAUUGAGAAAGUCGUAGAAGAUAAGUUAAAACCUGAAGAACAUAAAAGGAUUGGAGAUGAAGAAAAAGGUAUUAGUUGCCAAACAGUAAUAACGAACGUAGAGGUGAUUGAAGAAGUUCGACCAAACUGCACGACCACUUUAGCUAAAAACGAUAUCAGUAUACUUCGAAGUACAUCAGAGGAAUCUCAACACAUACCUAUAUCUAAUAGUACAACAAUUACAAUCAGUACGGUAAGCACAAAAAUACAAUCGGAAACAGAUGGUGUAGAUGGUAGUAUCGUUCAGCUGGAAGGUGCUGAACGUAUUGUCACAAAUCCGGUAGUUAAAAAGAACAUGGUGAUUGAUGAUGACUUAAACUCUUCGGAAUCUGAACGUGAUUCUGUCGAAGAGUACGUGAGAUGUCCAAAGAACUUGGCUUUACAAGUUGAAACGAGAUCGUUUGAAAUUGAACGGGAAGCAAUCGUACUGCAACAGGAUUCGUUUGAGGAUGAAUUGCCUUAUGUUCCGACUACGUUGCCACAAGAACGAUCAGCAGCGGUUCCUAUCAUACCCGUGAAACAACGGUGUGUUUCGAGUAUUAAAACGUUUUCUAUAGAAAGACCUCGAUCUACUACACCAAUACAAUCGAGUGCUUUAGAAAACUACUGCGAUGAUUUUGUGGGGAAAGUUAAAACUGAACCGAAGGCGGUAGAGUCGUGUACAGAAAAAAUUAAGAUUACUCUACCGGAAUGUAGUAAAACGAAAACACAGAAGGAGACUAUCGAUGGGGAAAUAAAACCUCCAGUGGAGGAGACGCCUCCACCGUUACCUCCGAAAGGCGUGCAAAAAUCGUGGAUUAAUUUCGAAGAAGUUCCCGAGCGACGGAAGCCACCAAAGCGUAUUCAAACGAUUCCCUCGAGGGGUCACAUUGACGUGCCCGAAUUUAUGGUUAAGGAUAAUAUUGUAUAUACUUACGUUAAUCCGGAGGAGUGUAAGUGCGAGUGUCACGAGUCGAAGGAGAAGGAGAGGAAAACGACGGAAAAAGCUGGUGAGAAAGUUGGUGAGAAAAUUGGUGAGAAAGUGAGUUCGCCUUCCUACGAAGACCAAUGUAGUAAUAAUGCCGCGAAAGCCCAACAGAAGAAACACAAUUGGAUGAAUGACGAUAUUCUGCACCUAAUGGAGGAAAGAAGAUCAUUUAAAAAUCAAGACCAACAAAAGUACCAACUUAUUAAUAAAGAAAUUCGGAAGAAAAUACGAGCGGCAAAAGAGGCAUGGUUUGUGAAUCAAUGUAAGGAGGUUGAAGAGUUACAGAAGAGACAUGAUACCUUCAACUUACAUAAGAGGGUUAAAGAGUUAACGGGUGUGAAUACCAACAGAACUCAUAACCUUGUUGACAAGGAUGGUAAUCUCAUUGUAAAAUGA